UGACGUUACAACCCGGAAGGAUUGCCCUCUUCUGUUAACGUUUGAAUAAACAAGAAUGACCCAUUUGUUUUAGGAAAAGAUUGCAAGCGACGUGUCAAACAUAUAUAGUAUAUUUCAACUAAGUAAUAUCGAUGUCUUGUUUAGAGUAUUUAUGUGUGGAAAUGAUCGAAUGUGUGUAGCAACGCCCUAAUGCCAGCCACCUUGUUGGGGAAAAAGAGCCCCGUUGUGUUUACAAAUCGAUAAGCAUUAUUGUUACCCUGAAGUGUAAUAAUAGUGGUGUUUUUUGACGAAGAAAAUAUGGCCGAAUUGCAUGUUGUGGAGCAGAGUGUUACUGCCACAAUAGAACAAACCGAGCACCGAGAUGUCCGAGGCUCUGUUCGGCUGGCUGCUUCGCCCACUCUCAUGGUUUCACCGCGGAGUAGCUUGCCCACCAGUCCUGGGGUGUCGAGUACUAGUAGAGCGGUGUUUGGGUUCCCAAUGAAGAGCAACCUCAGUUCCCCAUCGGAGCAAGCCGAGAAGGCAGAAUCCCGCUGGGUUUGCCUAAAUGUCGGUGGAACCUAUUUUGUCACAACCAAACAGACAUUGUGCAGGGACCCCAAAUCGUUCCUGUACCGAUUGUGUCAAGAAGAUCCGGAUUUGGACUCUGACAAGGAUGAGACGGGUGCUUACCUAAUCGACAGGGACCCCACAUACUUUGGCCCCAUUCUGAAUUACCUGCGGCAUGGGAAACUGAUCAUGGACAAGAACCUGGCAGAGGAAGGUGUCCUUGAGGAGGCGGAGUUCUACAAUAUUGCAUCACUAGUAAGGCUGGUCAAGGAGAGGAUACGGGACAACGAGAACAGGACAUCUCAGGGCCCAGUGAAGCAUGUGUACCGGGUGCUGCAGUGCCAAGAGGAGGAACUCACCCAGAUGGUGUCCACAAUGUCAGAUGGCUGGAAGUUUGAGCAGCUCAUAAGCAUCGGCUCAUCCUAUAACUAUGGCAACGAGGACCAGGCUGAAUUCCUGUGUGUGGUUUCCCGGGAGCUCAACAACUCCACUAACGGCAUUGUUAUCGAGCCCACUGAGAAGGCCAAGAUCCUCCAGGAGCGAGGUUCACGGAUGUAAAGGGACUCCAAGGCCUGAGCUCACCCUUCUCAGCUCAUGUGACAUUUCCUGACGUCUCCUGCACCACCUCAGCCAUGGUUCAUAUCUUUACCCCUUCCACCACCAGCCCCACUCCCCCUUUCACCUCCCCCUCCUCUGGGUGUGCCUUUCCACAGUGGGGGGGGUUCCCAUCCUCUUCGCCUACAGUGCUACAACAUAACCCCAUUGCCAUUUCUUAUUCUCAGUUAUAUUUGUGUGAACAUUUUGAGGGAUUCUGAAGAGAUGACAAUAGAGUAGUUAUUAUUAAAUGUAAUACCUUUUGUCAUAAGUUUGAUUUUGAAGAUUCCGGUUUUGCCCCUGAUCAUAGCCCCCCAUCUUGUCCAUAGUACAUCCACACAGAGCUAAAUCAUUGUCACUGUCCUCAUUCAGGUGAUCACACAGCUAAUGGGGAGCCGUUUCCUUUUCUGUCUGGCUUUGUUGACUCGGUGGAAAUCUCCUCAGGACUUUCAAAGGACAAAAAAAGAAAGCCGAAAAAUCUACUGACUGUGACCUGCCCCCUUCUACAACCCUGAAGAUUCACCUAUGGGGUGAGAGGAUGCUGUAAGCAACAUAGCUCACCCUCUGACCUCCAUUCCUAGUCCUUACAUCUCCACAGCUGGAGCGCUAAGGCAGUUCAUAGUUGCUUGGGAGGCUGAAAGCCGAGAGGUGGGGCUAAGGACAGAGAAGUAAGUCACAGGAAUAUUCUACAGCUCUCAAAUUCAAAUCUGGACCUCAAAGCCAGUUCUACUGCUUUUUUUUGUUUUUCUUCCCCUCUAAUCAUGGACUGAUUUUUAACCUGGGACACCAGGUGGGUGCAAUUAAUAAUCAGGUAGAACAGAAAGCCAGCAGUAGUCCGGACCUUGUUGGGUAAAAUUUGAACACCCCUGUUCUACAGCAUCUCUCUUUUGGUCUUCUUGUGCAGUCAGUCCUGCUCUCACAGCAACUCUUGCCCAAUAAGACCAUACGAUAGUGGGGAGAUACAGACCCUUGUCUAACAGAGGCUCCACCCCACCAUAGUUCAUCAGUGACUUCCACUGCUGAGCAUCCAUCACACACAUUUUCUUUUUGGCUCGGGUCAAAGUCCUUUCUCACCAGGAGGGCACAUAUUUUCUUACAGCUGUACUAAGGAUGUUUCAGUGCAAAAGAAAACGCACAACUUAAAAGACUAAACCACACACACAUGUACACAAUUGUCAGGCAUGUGAGGAAUAUAAAUCUAUAUAUAAUGAAAUUAUAUGGAGAAAAAAAAUGAAUGCAAAUUAUGUGGUUAUUCAUUUCUGUUUCAUAGUUGUUAUAUUUGUGUAUGGUGAGUUCUAUUCCGUUGAGUGAGGAAAUAUCACUCCUAAACCAAUUUCCCUGAGGUGUUUCCCCCAAUGACAAAGGUGUACGUUUGUGUAUGUAGUGCCUCUGCUAUUCAUCAAUGAUUUAAAUUAUGAUCAGCGACCCAGUUUUUCAGCGACACAACUUCUAAGUAGAUUUUUGUUACUUUAUAACCCUUUCAAAUGAUCCUUCUUGUAGAUAUACUAUUAUGUUCUCUUGCAUAUCUUAGAAUUGUAAUUGGAGAUUAAAGAGACGGGUUAUUGAAUAAGCUUUUAUUUGACAUCGAAAGAUGGUAUGUGUCCUAUACAGUGGUCUUGUGACCCUGUUGGACUUGUAUCCAUCUGUAUGAUGCCUCAAAGCCUAGGGCCCCUUUUCCCUCUGGCGUUGUUUCAUUUUCAUGCCAAAUGUCACUCACUCUGCAUUUGCCUGUUACACACCUUGGUGUACAUUCAGUUAACAGCUUUGCUUAACAUUUUGCAGUAUUUACUGUGUUAAUUCUAGAGUAUGCUGAAAGGAAUGUUUUAAAUGCAUACGUUUGGAUCUUUUUAUAGAGUAGACGUAACCACAGGAACAUUGGGUACUGAAAAUUCUGCAUGGAUGUGACUUCAGCUUUCGAUUUGUUACAUUGGGGGAAAAUAAGGAAAUUAUACCUUGUUUCUCACAGUGUCACAUCCCUCUGUGCCAUCCAACAGUGAUGGGUACCUAGCUUGUCUGGUGUAUACCUCUUAUUAUUCACAUAUCAUUGUCCCAGGAGUAAAUCCUGGCAUUACCCCAUUUGUAAUACUGAAAAGUUCAAUUUAUUCGGUCAAUCUGACUGUGUACUUAAAAGAAGUACCCCACAGGUAACCAAUAUCACAUCAUUUUUGUUUUACUGGCGUCACAAAAUCCAUACACCUUUUCCUGUGUAUAAUGAAUAUUUGGUGCAAUUAUGUUAUAUCAGCAUGAUUUAAGAAUGCGUUCGGCUUAAAACACACAAAUAAUUACCUGUGCUGUUGUCAUGCUCUAUGACUGUUUUAUCAGACUCUAGAGCUGUGACAAUGUUGCUGUGACUUUUAUUUCUCCUCUUGGAGUGGAUGUUGUGCAAUUCUAAUACGAAACUGGGACAAAAGUGCAGUAGUGCACAGACUGUGCUGCUAGAAGAAUGCCUGACUGUCUGAUAGAUAGACACCGUCUCCUCUCUGGGCCUUUUUCAAAGCUCCCAGAGGUUGUUCUAUUUCCCUUUGUCGUGUCCAGUGUUGUGCCUUUGACCUGUGUUGUGCACAGUUGUUGUUGUCCCGUCCCCCCGUGGUUUAUGAGGCUCAUAUCGGAAAUGAAAAGCUACAAGACACAGAGGGACUCGCGUUGAGUGGUCCUCGGUUGGUUCAAUCUCCCAUUAUUAGUCAAUGAGAGGAAAAAGCCCCCUGGAAUAGACCUUUACGAGUCUAUUCUGUCAUCAAGACUAAGGCCUGUUUGUUCAUGUAUAAUGCAGAUUAUCAAACUUAACUCCUUUUCUUUUAAUGCCAAUACUUUUUAACCAAGCCUCCCGUAUUGACCCCUGUAGCUCCUGAACCUUUGCCUGUGUUUGUCGCUGCAUUCUUCCGGGUUUUCUUUCCUGAAAUGUGUGUAGACUGUAGGUCUGGUUGGCUUUGUAAGUUUAUCCCACAACCGAGGUAGAGAAAAGGAGACCGUAGUUGUAAUCAAAGCAGUGCCCCAGUAUAUCUUAGUAAAAACCAGCAGUGCUCUAUUCUUUUGGAAAAACGGCGACUGCAUAAGCCACGUUUAUUUGGCUUUCUCUCUUGAAUUGCAUGUUUAAGGCAAUUUAUGCUGUUUAUUUUGAUGCCAUGAUAACUAUACUGACAGUUGUUUUACUGUAUUGUUUGCAUUCACUUUUGAAGCACUUAUUUUUAUGUUCAGUGAACCCAAAUGUCUCCUUUUGACAUUUAUUUGUUUUGUUUAUACUUGCAGAUUGAUUCAUCCGAUUUUGAAAGGGAACUUUUUAUUCGGAUAAAAACGAUCAUUGCAAAAAAAGAAAGUGUUCCCCCAUCACUGUACUUUUCAGAUAUUUGUGCAAUUUUAACAAAUCUGCAAAAAAAUACUCUCAUUCUGGCACGUAAAAACAUGAGAGCAUGCAUUGUACUAGAGAUUGUUAUGUACUGGAAUUUGUCUGACCUCUGUGUUAGUGCAAGUGUAUUUGGUGCAUGGUUGGAGAGCAGAGGGAAGGCAUGGCUCUGUGUUAGGUGUAGAUUUUUUGUGUGGAACAGUGGGUCUGCAACUAGAAGUAUUCUCUAAUCAUGCUUUGUUUUUAUGUUGUUUUUGUAUCCUGUCAUGUCAAUCAAACAUGGUUCUAGAUUAGAGGAUUCAGUAGGCCUAGCUAAAAAAAAAUUUUUUUUAAAGAACUAGCUUAAAGUUAAAGUUAACCUCAAAUUAACAUACACUCUUUGUCAAAUGACAACUGAACAAAACUGCAUACCCCAACCUUGGAUUUAGUAUCAACUCAAACUAAAACUCCACAUGCAGAAUGAAAAGGAUCAUUUGAAUCCUGGCUCAUUCUGCCAUAGUUAAUCUCUAACACCUGCAUGCAUUUAUAAACAUACACAUUUAGACGUACUGAAAAUGUCAACUAUUAACAGUUAUUUUAACUGUAUUAAUUUAUCAACAGUAUUAAUGUCAAAUGUGAUUAUUGUCAAUGGAGACUGUGGAGAACGAAACAACUUUUUGUCUGAUGUCCUUUUUGCUUUUAUUUAUUUUAUAUUUUGGAAUUUUGUCUACCAAUGCAGUUUCUUUAUAUGUAACAUUUUUAACCAAAUCCAGUCUGGUUUUUAAUCAUAAAAUGUGUCUGUGUUUUAAAA